ACCGCUUCUGAUGGGAAUUUGAAUUGAAAGAAAAUCUCUUAGAUCUCUCUCCUUCUUGCGAGUAGUAGUUUGCGCGAAGUACCUUUUUUGCAAUUUAUCUCGUGCCUCGGUAACUUUUCCUCCGUGACUUAUUCCAGAAGACAUUUUCAGUUAUGCAUUUUUCGUCUGGGCAUGUUAUCUGCCCCUACCCAUGCUAAUCUUGUUUCUAUUAUCAUACACUGUUCUCUUUUUUAGGAACUACCUAUGCUAUGGUAAAUAGAAAGCUCGAAAAUCGCCAUCACAUGUUAAUCAGGGAUAGCGAAACCGCGCGGGGGCCCGUUUAUUGCGAACUGCUUUCGCCUGAGUCGUGCCUCGGAUUUGAAGAGUGGCAUUAGGAACUUCUAAAAAGAUUUUUACAGAAAAUAUUCAGUAUGGAAAAACAAAAUCACUUUGAUGCUGCAGUGCAAGCUUUGCUGAAUCAUGAUACUGAAGCUAUAAAAGGCAUUUUGAAACAGGAUUCCUAUGCGGAUUGUAUCUUCCCUUUGGUGACGGAUACUCGUGUUCAACUAUAUCCUCCGGAUUUACUCCUACGAGUGAAUGCUACUCUACCAGUUUCAGAAUCCUUACGUUCACAUUUUUGGAAAUUUAAUUAUGAGGAUAGAUUAGAGAAUAUUCUGCUUCAUCUGGCGGCCAAGAUUUCUGAUUUUGAGUUAGCAAGAUUGCUUCUAGAAAAGGGAGCUGAACUUACAAGCGUAGACCCAAGCCGGGGAACAGCUCUGCAUAAGGCUUUUAAGAAAAAGUCUUUAGAAAUGAUAAAGUUCUUAACUGAGAAAUCGCCAGCAUACAUUCUUGACCUCGGUGAUAUUUGCGGAAUUACUCCUUUGGAUAAUGCUUGUAAAUACAGUACUCCAGAAGUUGUUCAGUUACUCUUAUCACAAGGAAGUAGUGUUACUGCAAAAACCUCACGAGAUGGACCUCUACUGAAUGCUGUAUUUAAUGUCGAAGAAUAUGCAACGCCAAUUGCUUCUCUGCUUUCAGACGCAGGUGCAAACAUUAACCAUGUCAGUCCUGCUUUGGGAACACCACUGAUAGCUGCUGUAAAAGAAUCUCUCUUCAAAACUCUUGUAAAAAAUUCUGCCUGGAUAAAGGGAACUGCAGCAAAUUCAACUGCAUGUCAAACUUAUUCAUUUAUAGAUCUGUUGAUAGACCGUGGAUGUGAUGUUAAUGCAGUCAAUUCUGAGGGUCAGACAGCUUUGCAUGUUGCAGUUAAGACAAAACAAGAAAUUUUCGUUUGAAAACUGCUAAUUUCUGGAAGUGACAUCGACAGACGUGAAGUUUAUGGCUUUACUCCAAUCUACUAUGCGUGCAAAAUUACAAGCCUGAGACUAGUUGAUUUACUUAUAAUUUCCGGGCCCAGGACUGAGAAACUAUUUUUGAAAGGUGGAAAAGUUCAGAAGAGUUAAAUAAAAAAAAUAUUAAGCUAUUAACUUAUGUUAUACACAGUCCAGUCACAUUAAUGUAACCACCACGUACUUUCCAUGUCAGAGUUAAAUAACCAAUCACAGAAGGCAGGUGGC